AUGUCAAACACUUUAUAUUGUACUACUACAACAAAUACAAGUAAAAAUAAUUCAAAAAUAAAUACUACUUCUCCUAAUAAUUAUAAAAUUCAUAAAAGUAGAAAGAUUCACUCACCAAUUAAAUCAAAUAAAUAUGAAAAUAUGACUUCAAAUUCUUUAAAUACAUCAGAAAAAGAUGAUAUACUAUAUAAUUCAAAUAAUCAAUUACAUUUAAAUCAUAAAAGACAAUUUAGUUUUGAAAAUUCAUCAACAAAUGAAUCAAAUUUAAGAUCACCUUCAAAUUCACCUUCGAGAUUAUUAUUAUAUCAAAAAAGUAAAAAUAAUAAUAAGCUAGUAACCCCAAAGACUAAUCAUAAUUUAUCUUUAAAUGAUGAUCAGAUUCAUAUUGACGAAGAAGAAGAUGAUGAUAGUUCUAAUAUACCAAAAUCAACACAUGGAAAUAGAUUUGAUGAAAUUAUGAAUGAUCAAAUAAACUCAUCAAUAACACAACAUCAUGAAGAUUCAUUACUUUCAACUUCAUCAUAUUCAUUACAAAAACCACCAACUACUAAUAUGUUAUCAUCAUCACAUGGUUAUCAAUCUUCAAUUUCAUCAAUAUCAUCAAAUGGUUCAAUUAACUCAUCACCUGGUUUAAUUAAUUAUUCACCAAAACAUUCAAGAAUAAUAAAUUCUUUAAAUUCAAAUAGAAAUAUGAAAAAUUUAUCUUUAAAUUUAAAUGAUUCAAAUGGUUCUUCUUCGUCUUCAUCAUCAAAGCAUCAACAACAACCUCAACAACCGCAACAACUGUCUCAUAAAUCUAAUCUAGCAUCAAAGAGAAAUAAAUUAUCAAUGUCUUCUUCUCUAGAUUCUCCAACUAGAUCACAAUCAAUUAAUUUUAUACAACCACCACAACAUUUAACAUCAAAUUCAUUUUUCAAUGAUGAAUCUUUAAAUACACCAUCAGUAACUCAUACUCCUAAUCAGCCUCCUACUUUAAAUCAACAACAAACAUUAAACUCACAAAAUUCAUCAUUAAAACAGCCACAACAAACAUCAUCAAAUACGAAUUAUAAAUUCCCACCAAUGAAUCAGCGAAAUCAAAUCAACAAUCAAUCAGAAUAUGAUUCAAUUUCAUCAAUUAGUGAUAUAAAAGAUAUAGAUAAUAAUGAUACCAAGAUACAACAAAAUGAAAGAAUAAUACCACCAGCACCUCCACCAUUUGCAAUAACUUCAAAAUUACUGCCUUUAUCUACCCCACCAAGAUUACAAAGUCCAAUAAUAUCAAAUCAUCAAAUAUUAUCUAAUUCAUCAUCACCAACAACAAAAUUACUGAGAAACAUUAAAAAAAUGUCAAUUGAAUCACCAUUAGAAACAAGUUUUAAUAAAGAAGAAAUAAAUAAAAGAAGAAAUUCAAAUAAUGAUACCCAAACUAAUAACAAUAAUCAUAAUGAAUCUAAUUUAUCACAAAAUAUUAUAUAUCAAUCAAAUAAAUUUAAUAAUAAUAUCCCAGAAGAAUUACAAGAAUCAACAUUAAUUAACGCUUACCCAAAUGGUCCAAGAAAUGUAUUGAAUAAUUUAAUUUUUUUAUAUUCUGAUCCUAAAAAUAAAAUUGAUAUAAAUGAAUAUAAUUUAAUUAUAAAUGUUGCAAAAGAAUGUACAAAUUUAUCACACUUACUCAAGAAUCAACAACCAAACAAGAAAGAAUAUAUUCAAUUAAAUUGGUCACAUAAUUCUCCGAUUUCAAAGGACUUGGAUUUUUUAAUUUCAAAAAUUAGCCAGUUUUACAACCAAGGUUUAAAAAUUUUAAUUCAUUGUCAAUGUGGAGUUUCAAGAUCUGCUUGUGUAAUAGUUGCAUUUUUUAUGAAAAAAUUUAAAAUUGGAGUAAAUGAAGCUUAUGAAAUGUUAAAAAAUGGAACAUCCACCACUGACGAAGUUCGUGGUGAUAAUAAUAACAAAAAGAAUAAUAAUAAUAAUAAUGAAGAUAUGGUGGUGGUUGAUAAAUGUGAUAGAAUUUGUCCUAAUAUGUCACUUAUUUUUGAAUUAAUGGAAUUUGGUGAUAAAUUAAAUAAUAAUUUUGAAUUUACAACUAAUCAAAUUUUAAAUAAUUCUCCUCCUACUUCAAUUGGAAUUUAA